CAUUGUUCACAAUAUAUUAUUUUGAAGAUGUAUGAAGAAAUUCAUACAGGUUUGGAACAACUUGAAGAUGAGUAAAGGAUGACAGAAUUUUUAUUUUUGAGUGAACUAUCCCUUUAAGAGUCUGCGUAAUUCUGCGCUUCUGUGUCUUUAAGAGCGGUACCACGUGGUGCGGAAGUAAUCAAUUGACAACAAUAGCACGCGGGAUUCAAAAAUGGAGAGGGACACUAUAUCAGACCAUGAAGGUUUCUAUGGGACUAUAAAAAACUCACCGCAAGACUUUGUGGUUAUUGAAAUGGACACCCAUGGACAACUUGUUAACAGCCCUAAUGUUCUGGAAGAACACACAAAACGACCUCAACAAAGUCAAGCUAAUAAAAGGGGUGAUAAAUUAAAACCAUCUAACCCAGAUGACACUGACAUUUUAAAUCAGGAUUGCUUUGAUCUGAAUCUAAUCCUGGGUCCAGCUAUGAACGAAGAGUUGGAACAUUUCACUAACAAAAUGAGAGCAAAUCCAAAUGAAAUUUGUGACCAAGAAAAGGCAGAACUGUCUUUGGGUACUUAUCCUGAUAAGCACCUGAGAGCUGUUGUUCACAGAGCAGUACGAUACAACUUCCCCUUCCUUCAGACUUUAACCAACCAAUCAGAGAUUCGGGUCAGAGAGGACCCAGACUUCAAGCAGCUCGCCAGUUUAGCCUCUGAAGGAGAAGCUGAGGAGUUCUUCAGGUUCAUCGAUGCCAAAGUACCCGGCUCUGUGUUCACCUUCCUGCCCGAUGAUAGCAAGGAGCACCGAACUUCCGUUCAUCAUUUUGUUAGCAGGCGGUUUGGAAAGCUUGUGGAAACCAAGAGCUUCACCGACCAGCAGAAGACUUCCAUUACAGUGAGACUAAGGGAGAGAAGUAAACAACCCAAGAAGAGAACAAUAGCAGACUGUCAAGAGGAGGAGGUGGUGACAUUAUACACAGCUUUCACGCUGCGGAAGGAGAACUUGGAGACUUUGGAGGCCAUCAGCUACAUGGCUGCAGUACUUGGAGUGCUUCCGUCCGAUUUUACCUACGCGGGAAUCAAAGACAAGCGAGCCAUCACCUACCAGGCCAUGGUGGUGAAAAAGAUCUCUCCAGAGCGGUUGCUGGACAAAGUCUCAGAGUUUGAGCGGAGAGGAAUGCAGAUCUCUCAUGUCCGUCCUGUGUCUGAACCCCUUAAGCUUGGCAGACUCCAGGGAAAUCACUUUGAUCUUGUCAUAAGAGACCUGAAGCCUCAUGGGAAGCAUGGACUUGCAGAGAUGCAUCAGCUUGUGAAAGAGGCCGUGGAAAAUGUGAAGAACAGAGGCUUUGUGAAUAAUUAUGGUCCCCAGAGGUUUGGAAGUGGAUCGUGUGUCCAAGCAGACCAAAUAGGACUUGCGCUCUUGAAGGAGAAAAUAGAGGCUUCCGUUAAGCUGUUCUUCACCCCAGAGGAUGGUGAUGACCUCCAGAACAAGGCAAAACGUCAUUUUCUUCUCACAGGGAAUGCCAAGGAGAGCUUGGCACUUAUGCCAGCUUACAAAGCUAGAGAGCGGCUUAUGCUCCGUGCACUCCACCGGUACGGCAGCGGGCAGGAGGGUUGCAUACGCGGCUGGCUCAGUUUACCCCACAGCAUGAGGGUCUUUUACCUCCACUCUUACUGUAGCAGAGUGUGGAACGAAGCAGCCAAAUACCGGCUCCAAAAACUGGGCUUAAAGACUGUCCAUGGAGAUUUGGUUUGGGCUAGAUGUGAAACGGGACUCAAAAGCACCACAGAGGAACUGAACGCUCCACAGGUCCAUGUUGUGACCUCUGAGGAGGAGAAGGAUGAAGUUUUCUCAUUAGACCAGGUGAUUCUUCCGAUGCCAGGGAAUAGUGUCAAGUACCCAGAAAACCUGCUGGGCCAAUGGUAUCAGGACAGAUUGGCUCAGGAUGGCUUGGGGUCAUGCCGUUUUAGAGUGACUCCUCUUAAACUCAACGUCCCGGGGUGUUAUCGCCCCCUGCUCGCAAAGCCACAGAACAUCACAUACAGCUUGCGGACUGCGGAGGAGCCAAGUCUGUCUCUAACCUUUGACCUGGAUGCGUCCUGCUACGCUACUGUGUGUCUCGGAGAGAUUAUGAAGCGUAAUAUUUCAUAGUUCGCUCAAUGGCGGUUAUUAAAAUAUGUUUACAGUCUAAAUAAUGUGGAUCUUUGGUAACGUCGAAUAUAACGGGCUGGUGAGAAAUAUUUUGGACUUCUUGUCAUAAAGCAUUUGUGCUCUCAGAGGGAUUAACCACUUACAAGAAGAGGAACAUCUGGAUAACAAGCCAAUCCAUAACUAUGGUGUCUGGAAGUCAAGGUAUUAACUGAAAACAUUUGCCUUUCAUUAAAACCAACAAAUAAACAUUGAUUCAAAGUAUACCUGUGGUCUGUAUAUCAUGUGCCUUAGGGAUUUUAAAGUAUGUUCUGUGCCAAUGCCAUCGAUGAGGAGGCUCCGAGUCAUCUAUCUGGAACUCUGGAUGGAGAUUGAAGUUUACAUGCAAAGAUUUGAUAAAAAUCUUUGACAAUUCUCAUUAUUUUUUGGUCAUGCUUGUUUAAGUCCUUGAAUAUUUCGGCAUUUAA